GCUUCUUUCUUGCCGCACAAGCUCCAAACUCUAGCGUCAUAGUUCUUGUAUUAAAUAUCGUUCCUUCACAAAGAAAGGUCGGUUUAUAACUUCCGAGAAUCAGCCUCUGCACGUCGCUGCUGGUUCCUGCUAUUUGAUUUCGCUCGUCUGCUUGGGAUUUUGUUUAUUUUCCGCAGCUGUUGAAGUGGAGUUUUCGCGGAUUUCGCAAUGGCAUCGGUCACGUCGCCUUUCGUGGUGGGCGCCACCGUGGCGGCCGCCGCGUUGGGUGGGAGAUACAUGAUCGCAGCGUGGCAGGCGUUCAAGGCGCGCCCGGCAAUCCCGCGCAUCCGGAGAUUCUACCCCGGUGGGUUCCAGCCCGCCAUGACCCGCCGCGAGGCCGCCUUGAUCCUAGGAGUAAGAGAGCAUGCGGCCAUGCAGAAGAUAAAGGAGGCUUAUAGGAGAGUGGUGGCGGCGAAUCACCCGGAUGCCGGCGGGAGCCAAUAUCUGGCUUCCAAGAUCAACGAGGCCAAGGAUGUGUUGAUGGGAAAGACGAGAGGCUCCGGUUCUGCAUUCUGAAUUCCGUGUGGCGGUAUCGGACAGGUAGCUGAUGGAUGGAGAUUGAACGCUGGAUGUCGAGAAGGGACUCUCCAUUGCAUGAUCCUCUCGUACUUAACAUUCCUGUGUACCGAUUUGACAAUAACAAUUUUGAUCUCUCUUUGC